AUGCGGCGGUGGGUCCUGUCCUUGGUGCUGACCGCCUUCCUCUCACAACAGCCGUCCGGAGCUGCGCUCUCACGGCGUCCAACGAGAAGCGCCCCCUGUCUGGUUGACGCAGACUGCCUGGCGUUCCAGGAGUGUGUGUGGGACCGGGAAGACCCCAAAGCCCAACCGACCGGGAUUUGUUUGGCGAAGAAGUUCCUUAUCCGACGUGCCGCUUUGAAACAAGGUUCUACCAACAGUCAACCUGCCCCAAGAUCUAGACACACUACCAUAGCCGAAGUCAGGGCUAAGACAGCAUCCAAACGUGUCAAGCACGAUACGUCGGCUUACCUGCCAAGUGCGUUUGGCGAGAGCAACGAACCAACCAGAUUCUACAACCAGAACUAUGGCAGGACAAGGGGCGGAGCUUCAGAGAACGCUUUCAAUCCAAACCAAGGCAGCCAGCAAUAUCAGGGGUAUUCGCCCUUGUCUGGAAGAGACAGAAGUGGCGGUUGGAAACAGGAAACUGAAUGGCCUACUGUCGCUGGACAAGAGAGAGGAGUCCAAAAUACCGUCCCAAAGCAGGCUAGGCCAGGAAUAAUAAUACUGCCCUCCUUGGGACAAAACCAUGGCAAAUGGCAACCGAACUUUGUUUCCAAUAACGUAGCUGGAAAAGUUUCGACACACGCGAAUCCUCCAACAACAUACGGCACAGCAAGCAGUCAGGAAAACUUAAGAAAACCAACGCGUUAUAUUUCUGGUCCUAUCACUAGUAGUGACCAACAGAUGUCGAAGUUUCACCCAAAAGGAAAAUUUACCACAACAGACAACCGUGGCGUUGCGCCCUCUAGCGACAACACUGAAGAGCGCACCUCAAACGGUGGCGACGACUGGAGAAGCCAUGUAGCCACCUUCCGCGAAGACAGCACUGGUGAAGAGAUUGUUCUCGACAACUCUAAAGACGUCAACUUUAUUGAACCGGUUCCUAAACACGCUGAGUCCAGCAAGGAACACUCGUCUAGUCAGGGCGAAGUUUCCGAAGGCCGAUUCCAUGGUAUGAGUUCACACGAGGACAGAGAAAAGGAGGAAAAACACCAAACCAGAAGACAAGAUGUGCUACGCCUUCAAGAACAGAACUCUAAAUUGCACGAUUCAGUACUUGAAUCUCCGAGGGAAGUCCACGUCAAGCAACACCCAAAGAAACAGACAUCCCACAUCCCUACUGGAGACCACGCUGUUUUCGACCCUAUAUUAGAAGAACCUACCGGUCUGGAGAACGAUGUGGAUGAAGUAGAUGUUGUCAAACGGAGGGAACAGACAACAGAGACCGACAAAGACUAUUUCUAG